AUGGGUGCGAUCUCGAGUAUUUUCGAGGAUACUGGCUCUGGUCAAGGCCGCCUUGAUGACCCUUGCAUAGUCUUCAUAUGUGGCAUUUUGGAGGCCGUCUUCCCUGACGAACUCGACCUCAUCUCCGGUCCGUUCAGAGACAACUUCCUGUCACCGAACAACCCGGCUACGAUAUGGCACAGCGAUCUCGAUGUACUCACGGCAGAUGUACAGCCUUUCAUGUGUCACUCCCACAACGAUUACUGGCGACGAGAACCACUAUACAGCGCGAUCCAUGUGGGAUGCACAGGCGUUGAGGCUGACAUAUGGCUGUUCGGCAAUGAACUAUACGUGGCACACACUGCAUCAGGCAUCCGAAGAAAUAGGACGCUAGAGAAUCUCUAUUUGGAUCCUCUGAAGCAGAUUCUCGAUCACAGAAAUAUUGCUCCUGAUCUUCUGGGUCCGGGCGCCCUGCAUAACACCCAACGCAUCGGCGUCUUUGACACCAAACCUAAGCAGUCCCUUGUUUUGCUGGUGGACUUCAAGAAUAAGCCGGAAGAGGUGUGGAAUCGGUUUCAUGCCCUGCUCGAACCCUUUCGCGACCGAAUGUACCUCACUCAUUUUAACGGAUCUGACUUGGUCAACGGACCUCUGACUGUUGUCGUAUCUGGCCAUGCACCAUUCAGUCGUGUCAUUCAGAACUCAACAUAUAGAGACGUUUUUUACGAUGCACCCCUUCACGAUCUGGCUCCCUUACCAGGAACACCUCCACGGUCUUUUCCAUCAACGGCGCUAAACACCCGUGUGGACGACACCACACCCUCGAUAGACCCACUUUCUCAACCACCAGCUGAUCCGGCAACUAUCUACUCUCCCUACAACUCAUAUUAUGCUUCUACGUCCUUCCGGCACUCGAUCGGCCAUCCCUUUCACUCCUCCCUCACGCAGUCUCAACUCGACAAAAUCCGACGCCAGAUCCGUUCGGCCCACGCCAAGGGCCUGAAGGUCCGAUAUUGGGGUAUUCCCGCUUGGCCCAUCGGACUGAGAGACUACCUGUGGAGAGUGCUGGUGAGGGAAGGAGUGGACUAUCUGAGCGUUGACGACAUUGAGGAUGUACGAUGGAAAGACUGGGGGCCUAGAAAAGGUGGCUGGGGAAAGAAAUGGUGGAGGUGA